CAAUCGGGUGUCUGUCAGUCAUCAACUGCCCGCGUGCUCUGAUGCUCCUGUCGGGUUCCACGGACGUAGUCAACGCAGCCGACAGCUCCGACAUGCUGUCGCACAGCCAGCGUUUGUUCCAGGCACGCGCUGGCCAAUAUCCGCUCAAAUUAUGACACGGACCUGUUUCGAGCAAACUCGCCGACCCAAUGGCAGUUCUAUUCGCCAUCGAUACCUCUCUGGACCCCUUCCUGCGUGUCUAGAUGUCUUGUAUCUCCUCUGGGCUCAAACAGGUGGCAGCCGGCCCGAAGAUAGAAAGGCCAGCUCGUGUACCCAGUGCAAUUCGCCCUCGUAGAAAGAUCCCGUUACUUUCAUGGUGUCAUUCUUACUUUCUAGCUCCUAUCGCACUGCCGCUUGACCCGGAUAGCGGAUAGGCCAGUGGCCAGAGCAGGAGCGCUUGAUACAGAGCAUUCUUCUAUUCAUUGUGGCCACAAUUCACCACAGCGUGAAUGGUGAAGAAUGAGACACGAGAGGUAAGCAUGUGGCGCCGUCGAGCUUAGCCUUUAUACCCACGUUUGAAGAUUCCGCGUGAAUGUGGGUUGUGCGCUAUCGCGGCGCCGUUGCCACUUCGAAUUACUUGUCUGGCAGGUCUCACAUCCGGAAUCGGAAUAGAGGAGACCGUUUGGCAGAAGUUUAUGCCAAGGCCGGUUCCUGCUCCAGCCGUGACCGGCCAAUUAGCCGCGCCGUUGCGCCUUUCUCCGAUUCCCUCGCUCGCCCGAACAUCCUCCACGGCCUGAUGGUGAUUAUGCCUGCGGCCCGUCGUCUUGGCCAUGCGACAGGCUGCCCGUCAUGUGUGGUUUCAACGGUACCAUGCGCUGACGGGAUCGCCAGCAUCCUCUGCAGCAACCCGCCCGGCUGCUCGCAGCGUCUCUCCCCUACACACGUUGUCUUUCCCUCUUGCUCGAGAUCGUUACCUCUUUGCCACCUUCCAUUAUGCCGACCUGUCGCCCGCCGGCGGGAACGUAUGGCGCUUCAUGGAUUCCCCGUGCCACGCCCGGACACUCCUCGAAGGUGCUCUUGAUAUAAUACCCCGUGUCCGAAUCUUUGUUUUUAUCUUUCCACCCUUUAGGCCUCCUCAUCCCCUCUCCUUUCUCGCCUUUGUCAGUUCGCUAGUUCAUCUUGCCUUGCGAGUCCAAAGGAGAAGAUCACGUUGACCGUGCUUCUGGCCUUACGUUCCUUACCCCUAUUUAAUAAGUCACUCUUUUACAUAAGCCUUGCGUUUGUUCUUCGAUUCGGCCUUGCCAACAUCCCGCUGGUAAUCGGGCAAAAUGGUGUCUCAAAGACUGAUAUGGGCUCUGGCCCUCUUCUCGUCCGCUGCUCUGGCCCAGAAUAACCAGGGCAACAACAACAACAACAACAACAACAACAACGGCCAGCAAAACCAGGGCCAGAACAACAACAACAACCAGAACCAGGGUGAUGCCACUCAGCUCGCGCCCAACGCCAUCCAGACUGGGUCUUUCUUCGACGGACAGCAGGCUCUGGGAGCCAGCGAUGAGCAGGUCGAGUCCGAGAUCUCGCAGAACAACUUCAUCAACGUAUGCGCCGGGAAGACGCUCACCAACGGGCUGCAGCUGAUCGACGGGUCUUGCAAUGGCAUUCCCAUGGGUGAUAUCCCGUCCAAGGAGCGUAUGAUCUCGAGCAUCAUCAUCAACCCCAAGUCCGGAGAAGUCAUCCAGGAGGGCACCGACUUCUCGAUCCAGGUCCAGACCAUCAACCUCCAAGCCGGAGCCUUCACCAACGCCGUGGCGACCUACUACUCUGCCCCGCAGAGACUCAACGGUGGUGGCCAGAUCAUCGGACAUACCCACAUCACCGUUCAGGACCUGGGUCGUGGGCUCAACCCUACCACGCCCCCCGACCCAACCCAGUUUGUAUUCUUCAAGGGCAUCAACGACGCUGGCAACGGUAACGGCCUGUUGGCCGCUGACGUCGAGGGGGGUCUCCCUGCUGGCAACUACCGCGUCUGCACUCUCACGUCUGGCUCCAACCACCAGCCCGUCAUCAUGCCCGUGGCCCAGCGUGGCGCGCAGGAUGACUGUACCAAGUUUGCCGUUAGCGCCAACGCUGCAGCUGCGAACGGGAACAACCAGCAAAACCAGGGGCAAAACAACAACCAGGGCCAAGGGCAGAACAACCAGCAAAACCAAGGUCAGGGGCAGAAUAAUAAUCAGGGACAAAACAACGGCCAGGGCCAGAACAACGGCCAGGGCCAGAACAACGGCCAGGGCCAAAACAACGGCCAGGGCCAGAACAACGGCCAGGGCCAGAACAAUGGCCAGGGCCAGAACAACCAGCAGAACAAUGGGCAAAACAACAACAACAACAAUAACAACCAGCAGCAGCAGCAGCAGCAGCAGCAGCAGCAGCAACAACAACAACAGCAGCAGCAACAGCAAGAGCAACAGCGCCAGCAGCAGCAACAGCAACAACAGCAGCAACAACAACAACAGCAACGUCAGCAACAGCGACAACAGCAGCAGCAACGUCAGCAACAGGGAAAUCAGCGCCUCGUCCGCCGCGUCAUCUCUCCUUGAACACGGCAGGCCCUGUAAUCGCUGGUGCAGCUAUUGGCCGUCCGCUGGAACUAGCACAAUAUGUUUGCUCUGUUCGUUUUUGCGAGAUAUAGUGAAGCUUUGGGGUUGCUCCGGUUCUACUGUGCUAUCCGAAGUCUUCUCUCAGCGAGGCCGGGCUUCAACUGCUCUUGUUUUGUUUUCAUUUACCACCAAAUUGACUACAUGGAAUGCCGACAUUAUUCUGGGUGACCACUGAUGGGAGAGCUGGACACACAGGCAUAGAGAGGGAUAUCGAGAAGAUGGAUGGUUCUCGACUGGAUUGGAUAUUGGUAUUGUAAUUUUCCACAUCAAUUUUGAGAUAUACUGUGCAUGAGCUGAUGGAGCAGGUCUUGCCAUCAUUGCUUACAAUCAUUGCCUCCCACAGUGUAUCACCGGAAAAGCUGGCCUGGGUAGAGAGUGCCGUGGAUAGAAUAAUAGGGGUAAGCGGGUAAAUAGCGAGGUUGGCAGAACCGCACACGGCUCGCAUGGUUUGAUCUCCAGUAUCAGGAUAAAAUAGCCUGUUCUCGGAAUUCCAGCCGCAGACGGCACGAAUGUUUUGAAGAUUGAAUAGGGACUUAGAGGCAGG